UGUUGCUCGACGACAGCGAACAUCCUCAUCCUCCCCUUUGCUUCUCUCCCAUCAAUCUCGCGCCAUUGGGCCUCCGUCACAAUGAUAACUCGAGCGGCGGCUCCCACGAGCGCCUCUCUCGCCCAGCUUUCGAGUCGCUCCCUGCCCUCAGCCUCCGCGGCCGCCCGCCUCCCCUCGUCCCAGGCCCGUUCCUUCGCGACCGUCCAGGAGGGCGCGCCCAAGAGACAGUAUGGCGGUCUGAAGGACCAGGACCGGAUAUUUACCAACCUGUACGGCCACCAUGGCACGGAUUUGAAGAGCGCGAUGAAGUACGGCGACUGGUACAAGACCAAGGAUAUCGUGCUGAAGGGCCAUGAUUGGCUCAUUUCCGAGCUCAAGGCUUCCGGUCUUCGUGGCCGUGGUGGUGCCGGUUUCCCCUCGGGACUGAAAUACUCUUUCAUGAACUUCAAGGAUUGGGACAAGGACAGCCGACCCCGUUACCUGGUUGUUAACGCUGAUGAGGGUGAGCCUGGAACCUGCAAGGACCGUGAGAUCAUGCGAAAGGACCCCCACAAGCUCAUCGAGGGCUGUCUGGUUGUGGGCCGUGCGAUGAACGCCAACGCUGCCUACAUCUAUAUUCGUGGCGAGUUCUACCACGAAGCCACCGUUCUCCAGCGCGCCAUCCAGGAGGCCUACCAGAACGGUCUCAUCGGCAAGAAUGCCUGUGGCACUGGCUACGACUUCGAUGUCUACAUCCACCGCGGAAUGGGCGCCUAUAUCUGUGGUGAGGAGACCUCGCUGAUCGAGUCCAUUGAGGGCAAGCAGGGCAAGCCCCGUCUGAAGCCUCCGUUCCCUGCUGCUGUCGGUCUGUUCGGAUGCCCUUCCACCGUUACCAACGUCGAGACCGUCGCCGUCACCCCCACUAUCAUGCGCCGUGGUGCUAGCUGGUUCUCUUCCUUCGGUCGGGAGCGUAACCAGGGUACCAAGCUCUUCUGUAUUUCUGGUCAUGUCAACAACCCGUGCACGGUCGAGGAGGAGAUGUCCAUCCCUCUGCGCGAGCUGAUCGACCGUCACUGCGGUGGUGUCCGUGGUGGCUGGGACAACCUGCUCGCCGUCAUUCCUGGUGGAUCGUCGACCCCGAUCCUUCCCAAGAAGAUCUGUGACGACCAGCUGAUGGACUUUGAUGCCCUGAAGGACUCUCAGAGUGGUCUCGGUACCGCCGCCGUCAUUGUCAUGGACAAGUCGACCGACGUCGUCCGUGCCAUCUCCCGUCUGUCUGCCUUCUACAGGCACGAGAGUUGCGGUCAGUGCACACCUUGCCGUGAGGGUAGCAAGUGGACCAUGCAGAUGAUGCAGCGUAUGGAGAAGGGCCAGGCCAAGGAGCGCGAAAUCGACAUGCUCCAGGAGCUCACCAAGCAGGUUGAGGGACACACCAUUUGCGCUCUGGGAGAGGCCUUUGCCUGGCCCAUCCAAGGUCUGAUCCGACACUUCCGGCCGGAGCUGGAGGCGAGAAUCAAGCAGUACGAGCAGGAGAAGGGCACCAAGCCUUUUGCCGGUGGUUGGCCUGCGGAGGCUAAGAAUGAGGGCAAGCUGAUUUCUCCUGGCAUGUAGACCAUGAGAGGGGGAAACAGAAUGGUUAAAGCCAGCGGAAGCUGGUAAUUAGUUUACAAAGGGAGAAGUGACGAGUGUUGUUUUUGUCUCUAUAAACCAUGUACAGUCCUGCGAUAGCAAUUCAAUGUUAUUUCUUUUGUUCAUGUUGUUUUCGAAGCUGAAGCUGAAGCGUCUGUAUUGUAGACUUGAUCUGGAUCGGAAUUCGACAAGAAUCUACAUAGACGCUCUUAUCGCUUUCGAUGACAUGAUAGAAGUGUAUCCCUACGGAAAUCGAAAUUCAUCAAUUUGGGGUAAAUCAUUGCUGGUGCAACCUAGACUGGUUAAUUCCCAACCAGGAGGGUGACAGGAUAGGGCAUCAUCUAUUUCUGUAGUGCUAGCGAAAUAGUUAACCGGCAAAAUAGUUAAGCU